UGUUUGGUUUCUGUACAGGUUCUAGUAAAUACGGCUUGCUGUGUUUUGAUGUUGGUGGCUAAGUUAAUCCAGUGCAUUGUAUUUGGGCCUCUUCGAGUGAGCGAGAGACAGCACCUCAAAGACAAAUUUUGGAAUUUUAUUUUCUACAAGUUCAUUUUCAUUUUUGGCGUGCUGAAUGUCCAGACGGUGGAGGAGGUGGUGAUGUGGUGCCUUUGGUUUGCUGGACUUGUGUUUCUACACCUGAUGGUUCAACUCUGCAAGGACCGAUUUGAAUAUCUUUCCUUCUCCCCCACCACGCCGAUGAGCAGCCACGGCCGCGUCCUGUCCCUGCUGGUGGUGAUGCUGCUCUCCUGCUGCGGACUGGCGCUGGUCUGCUGCGCCACGGGCUACACCCAGGGAGUGCACACGCUGGCGUUCAUGGCCGCGGAGUCUCUCCUUGUGACUGUGAGGACUGCUCAUGUGAUUUUACGCUACGUAAUUCACCUCUGGGAUCUCAACCACGAGGGGACCUGGGAAGGAAAGGGAACCUAUGUCUACUACACAGACUUUGUCAUGGAGCUCACUCUCCUGUCCCUGGACCUCAUGCACCACAUUCACAUGUUGUUAUUUGGCAACAUCUGGCUGUCCAUGGCCAGCCUGGUCAUCUUCAUGCAGCUGCGCUACCUGUUCCACGAGGUGCAGCGUCGGAUCCGCCGGCACAAGAACUACCUGCGUGUGGUUGGGAACAUGGAAGCCAGGUUUGCAAUCGCGACUCCGGAGGAGCUGGCUGUUAAUAACGACGACUGCGCCAUCUGUUGGGAUUCCAUGCAGGCCGCCAGGAGGCUGCCCUGUGGCCAUCUCUUCCACAACUCCUGCCUUCGCUCCUGGCUGGAGCAAGACACCUCCUGCCCGACAUGCAGAAUGUCUCUCAACAUCGCUGACGGCAGUCGCGCGCGGGAAGACCAUCAAGGAGAGAACCUGGAUGAGAAUUUGGUGCCCGUGGCAGCAGCCGAAGGCAGACCGCGCUUAAACCAGCACAAUCACUUCUUCCACUUCGAUGGCUCCCGGAUCGCCAGCUGGCUGCCCAGCUUCUCCGUGGAGGUCAUGCACACCACCAACAUCCUGGGCAUCGCGCAGGCCGGCAAUUCCCAGCUGAACGCGAUGGCUCAUCAGAUCCAGGAAAUGUUUCCCCAGGUUCCAUACCACCUGGUGCUGCAGGAUCUCCAGCUGACGCGCUCCGUUGAAAUAACCACAGACAACAUUUUAGAGGGACGGAUUCAGGUGCCCUUUCCCACACAGCGGUCAGAUGGCGUUAGGCCUGCCCUGAACAGCCCUGUGGAAAGGCCCGGCGGGGGCCAGGAGGAAGAGGAAGCCCCUGUGCAGGCCGCCCGCGUGCCGCUGGACCUCAGCCCUCGGCUGGAGGAGGCGCUGGACUUCGGGGAGGUGGACGCAGAGCCCAGUGAGGGGGAGGACUUCGAGGCGCGUGGGAGCCGCUUCUCCAAGUCUGCGGAGGAGAGACAGCGCAUGCUGGUGCAGCGCAAGGACGACCUCCUGCAGCAGGCGCGGAGGCGGUUCUUGAGCAAAAGUUCUGAAGAGGACUCAGCCCCCGAGAGCUGCCCCCCCGCCGAAGGCGCCCCCUCGGACCCGGUGACCCUGCGCCGAAGGAUGCUGGCGGCGGCGGCCGAGAGGAGACUGCAGAAGCAGCAGGCCUCCUAGCGGCCGCGGGGCGCAGCGCCCGGGAGCCCGGCCGCGACCGCGUGGCCGCUGCGCAGACGUGGUCUUAACGAGUGUUCGGACAGCUGACGAGUUUAGUCCCGUUUUGUAAUACUUUCUGUGUGCCCUUUCUCUCCCCUUUCGAGACACUGCGCAUUUAACUCCAGGCACGCUCUCCCCGGCUGGCUGGGCCCGCGGGCUGGGGAAGAGGCGGGGCCGCCGGGCGCCAGCAGACCCUGCACUUUGGGCUCCGACAGCAGGAGGGUG